UUUUCUCUCUCUCUCUAGCUUUGAUCUCUCCAGAUGCCCAAAUCCUUUACUCGCCGUCGCUUCUCCAAUCGCCACCAUCUUCUCCGCCGUGUUAGAUUCCGUUUAUCCUCUUACUCGCACCAUCAUCGCCGGCGUUUACACCCGCCGCCUCCGCCUCAAUAAUAGGCAAUGUUGAUCAGCCUCCUACACUUUCUCUCCUCCGGAUUGAUUCUGAUUCUGAUUCUCUCCGCCGGGUGAAGAAAAGAUGUUUCAUUUUCUCUUGAUUGGAUUUAUGAUGCUGGUUUUUCUUCUAAUUCGCCGGCAAUGGAGAUCCGCCGCUGUCAAGAGGGAGGAGGUUAUUCGGCUUAUCGCUUUAGCCACCGAAGAAUCUUAUCUUCGAGCCAAUGUGGAAUACGCUUCCUCCUCCUCCUCUUCCUCUGUUUCGGAUGCUUAUCGAUGCGCCGUUUGUCUCUACCCCACCACUACUCGCUGCGUUCAGUGCAAAUCCGUCCGUUACUGUUCUAGCAAGUGUCAGAUUCUUCAUUGGCGACGAGGUCACAAGGAGGAAUGUCGAUCACCUUCUCUUCCUGAUUACGAUGAUGGAGAAAAGGAUAAGCCUGUUAUAUCUGAUGAUGCACAAGGGUCAAAUAUUGGAAUGCCAUCAUCAUCAUCAACAUCAUUAGAUAUACCUUUAGAUGACACCAACGACAGGAUGGAUAAUGAUGGCUUCGUGUCUGUUGAUGUUGCCUGUGAUGUCUCUACAAACAGGCCUAGUAUUCAAAAGGUACAGGCCAGAUCUGAAGCUGAAGAUUUCACUUGCUCUUUAAACAUUAAGGAUAAUUUCUAUGAGACGAGGCCAAUGAGUAGGAAGAAAUCACAUCAUCGCACAGAGAAAGCUGAAUCAGCCAGUAUCAAAGGCAAGACUGCUCUACUUACUGAUGCAAAUCAGCUAAAAAAUGGCAAUCCAAAUUCACGCAGGCCAGUUGAUUCGGCUGAAAUAUCAGCUUCCAAUCAAUCUUUUUCAGUUGAGUAUAAAGGAGAAAUGAAUGCACUUGGACAUGGGAAAACUACAUCUGAACCAUAUGGGGCUUAUGCCGCAAUGUCGUCUUCAACUAUUCACUUACCUUCAAAAGCUAAUAGUAAGCCCAAAGUGUUACAAGCUUCAAGUAGUGGGUUGAAAACAUCGGUGCAAAAGGUUGUUCAGCAUUUUAGACCCCCAAAGUCGUCAAAACUUUCUCAACCUUCGCGUUCUAUUGAUGAGACGAGCUUCUCUUAUGAGAUGUUUGUGAAACUUUAUUGUGAUAGAGUAGAAUUACAGCCAUUUGGCCUUGUGAAUUUGGGAAAUAGUUGUUAUGCAAAUGCUGUUCUUCAGUGCUUGGCAUUCACUCGGCCACUUAUGUCUUACCUAAUUAGGGGAAUACAUUCUAAAGCAUGUCGAAAGAAGAGUUGGUGUUUUGUUUGUGAGUUUGAAUUCUUAAUUUUAAAGUCAAGGGUAGGAGGAUCUCCUCUAUCACCUGUCAAGAUCUUAUCAAGAUUACAAAAGAUUGGGAAGCAUCUUGGCCCUGGGAAGGAAGAAGAUGCCCACGAAUUUCUAAGGUGUGCUGUUGAUACAAUGCAAUCUGUUUUUCUCAAAGAGGCUGGUGCAGCUGGUCCGUUUGCAGAAGAAACUACUUUAGUAGGCUUUACGUUUGGUGGAUAUCUUCACUCUAAGAUUAAAUGCAUGAAAGGCCUCCACAAAUCUGAACGAUCGGAGCUGAUGAUGGAUCUAACCGUCGAGAUUGGUGGGGAUAUAGGAAGCCUCGAAGAUGCACUUGCUCAAUUUACAGCCUACGAAGUCCUAGAUGGAGAGAACCGGUACUUCUGUGGCAGGUGUAGAUCUUACCAGAAAGCCAAAAAGAAAUUGAUGAUACUGGAAGGACCCAAUAUUCUUACUGUGGUGUUGAAACGUUUUCAGUCUGAUAACUUUGGGAAGCUGAGUAAACCCAUCCAUUUUCCUGAGCUUCUCGAUAUUAGCCCGUACAUGAGCAAGCCAAACCACAGGGAUCAUCAUCCCGUGUAUAGUCUCUACGCAGUGGUGGUCCAUUUAGAUGCUAUGAGCACUUCAUUUUCAGGUCAUUAUGUUUGCUACAUAAAAACCCUUCAUGGAGAUUGGUUCAAGAUUGAUGAUAGCAAUGUUUUCCCGGUUCAAUUAGAGACUGUAUUACUAGAGGGAGCAUACAUGCUUCUCUAUGCAAGAGAUUCUCCGAGAGCAGCGGUGCGGAAAUCAAAGGAAAGAAGAAAUUUGGCUGCAAUUCCGUCAAGACACGACCACACCACCAACAAGAAACAGAGAGACAGUAGUAGCAGUUUGUUGCCGCGAGUGGAUUCGUCGAGUGGAAGUUUAUCAUCACUGUUUAGCUCAUCGGAGACAACGAGCUCAUGCAGCACAAAAGACUCGUCAGGUAUCGAGAAUUUAUCAGAUUACCUGUUUGGUGGAGUUGAACAGGUUUGGAACCGGGAUCGUCCUGAUUCAUGAAUGGUCGCUAGAAGAAUCCACUCUGCCAUUUGAACCAGCCAAAGUGCAAGAAAAGUUGUGUACGAUGGAAUCAGCCAAGACAAGUUCUUCAAGUUCAGAUAUCAGUGUUUUCCCAAUCACAUUGAGAGUCUCUUGUCUUUAAACAAUCUUCUUGCCGGAGCCUAGGCUACACCAGACCAACCUUUAAUUUUUUUUUUUUUUUUCUGCCUUCUCCUAGCUACUUUUAUUUAUCUAUCUAUCGAUAUUAUUAGGUGUUUUUUUUUUCUCAUAUUCAACUUACAGGUUUCCUUCUGUUGAU